AUGUUGCUGAAGGUUGACGAGAAAGAUUGCUUUGUUUUUUCCUUCGGAUGUUUGGUAUGCUGGGGAUGCACGCCACAAGAGGUCAAUGCUGCUCGCGCGUAUGUUGAGAACCACCUGGCAAGACCAUUGGAGUCUCCUAAGAUUGAAGUGGACUUCUUGAGCAUUAGAGCAUGUCACCAUCCUCCGACCACGCACCAGGCAGUCGAUCGUUUAGCGAUUGCAUACUCGCUGGCGCAAUCCGUGCGACUCAGCUACUGGGAACAAAGGAUUGACCUUUGGGUGGCGGCCACCAGGACCAUUCCGGAGGACAUGGCCCACACAGGUAGGGUAUUGCUGAGCAGUCAUCGUGUGAGCCAGAUGAUGGGCGAGCUCUUCGCUCUCAAGAACCAGGUGAACUUAGAGUUUGACACCUUAGAUGGCACUCCGGACGUUUUUUGGGACUAUGAAGAGUCCGAGCCCCUGUAUCAGCAAACGAGGAUCCAUUUAGAUGUGGAUCGGCGCAUUGACAUCGUCAACCAGCGCUUUGAGGUGUUAGAGGACAUGUUUGACGUUCUGCAAGACAAGCUGAACGAGAGGCAAGAGCACAGGCUCACAUGGAUCAUUAUUUGGCUAUGUGCAUUGGAGGCGGUUUUUACCGCGUUUAAAGUAUUUUGGAUUGCUGGCGUGCCAUUUGCUCUUCAGAUGGAUUCUUGGCAGAUCGGCGGAUGGGUUCAUGUUGGUGACCCAGGCGAAUCUAAGGAGCUAGGCCAUCAAUGCUGA